GGGAGGGGGAGCAGGAUGCUGAGCCGCCUGCAGGAGCUCCGCAAGGAGGAGGAGACGCUGCUGCGGGUCAAAGAGGCGCUGCACGCCCAGCCCCCCCGCCUCAAGGUGGAAGAGUUGGCUCUUCGGUCCAUGAUCAACGCCCGGGAAGAGACGGUAUUCACUCCCUCGGCUGAUUGACCUGUUUCUUCUUUCUUUGAACAGAUGGACAAUGAAAUGGCCAUUAAUCAGACUAAGCUGCAGUUACAAGUGCAUGGUGAUGAGGAGGAAGAGGAGGAGGAGGAAGAAGAAUCAGAUUCCUAGGGUGCCAGUGUCGCUGUCAGGCCAGUUUCCCAGGACAGAUUAACGAAGCCUCCUUGGCUUUGAUGAAACUUUGUGUGGUGCUACAGAGACUAAACUCCAACCGGAAAUGCCACUGAGCAUCUCACAAACUUCCAAAGGCGGUAAUAAAAUCAUGGGGCGGGUUUGGAAAAUGGGAGCAUUGAAGCCUAACUAUGUAGCACGAGUCAUUUUCUAGAGCAGACCUAAUGUUUCAAAACAUGUAGCAGUUCAGGAAAUGAAGCUUUUGAAGCAAUAAUCUGUCCAUGAAACAUCUCCUCCCCGGUUGUUUAAAAAAAAAAAAAAGAGCUGGGACCACUUCUGUGCCAGUUGUUUUCCUGACCUUCCUAUGGAUAAAUUGCACAAGAGUCCUGAAAAAUGUGGGGAUUUCCCCCCCACCCCCCUGUAUAUGACUCCUUAAUUCUGCUUGGUUUGGGCCCGUUUUAUGAAACUUAUGUUUGAAUUUUAAAAAAUGUUUUGUUUACUAUGGGUAAUAUUAAAAAAUACUUUCCUAGCG